UAUAAAAUGGGCACUGAAACAGGUGUGUUAUUUCAUUCUCCUGAUCAAAGAUGGAUCUGCAAAUCUCAGUUUUUCUUCUGUUUAUUCUGUUCACUGCGGGACACUCUCUCAGCUGUUAUCAGUGUGCGCUGGACUUUUGUACACAGACAACAUGCUCCAGUGGAUUUACCAGCUGCUACAGUGCAACAUAUUCUUACAAUGCUACUGUGGGGAAGAUUAGAGGUUGUGUUCCAGCAAGUAGCUGUGUAAAUGGGUUCAUCAACCUCGGCUAUAUAAAGGCCUCUACUUCCUGCUGUAACACAGACCUGUGUAACACCCAAAAUGCUCCAGAGCCCUCUAACACCCCAAAUGGAAAGAAAUGUUACUAUUGUGAUGGAUUAACAACACAGAACUGCACAAAUGUAUUGAGCUGUUCAGUGAAUGAAGACCGCUGCUUUAAAGAGACUGCUGUAAAUCAGACAGGGGUUAUAAAGGGCUGUGCCUCCAAAUCUUAUUGUGAUGGCGCAGCAGCAGUUGUUAACACUAGCCUUGUGAGCGUCUCAUGUUGUGAUGGGAACCUGUGUAACGGUGCUCAGAGUGUCUCCCAGAGCUUCCUGUUCCUCUGCUGUUCUCUGCUCUCCUACUUCCUGCUGCACUGAACCCAGCAGCUCUUCACAUCCUACAAUCAGACACACUGUACUGAAUAUAGAGCUCAUAUUUUUAUCUGUACUAGAUUUCACUUGGUGUGAGGAAUUUAAAACAAUAUACAAAAUCUGACUAGUUAAAGGAAAUAUAUAUACAUUUUAUGAAAUAUUAAAAAAAAAUGUAAUGAUCACUGAAAUAAAAUGUAAUGAUCACCUUUGCAUUAGUUUCUGGGUUUAAUAAAGCUAACAAUGUAAGCAUAAGAAAUUAAAUUUGUCAUCUACUGCUGAUCAGAGGAUAUUAUUAUCUAUUAUUAGUCAGAGGAGUACAAUAACUUAAAAAAUACUGACACUACUGAAAAUGUAGUUAAGUCAGUACACUCAAAAAAAUGAUUUUUUGAUGCUGUUCACGUUAUUUAAACAAUUCAUUUUGAUUUAACACCAUUGUAUCAGGUUUCUGGUUCAAAUGUGAUUGCUUCAUGUUAAAUUGUUACUCUUUGGCUUAACUUGAUGUUUUCAUUUUGAAAUAACAUUCAAUCAAGUAACCCAGCUAGAAACGUUAUUGUUCUAAGAAUGUUUUGAGAACAUUAUGCUAUGUUCUGGUAAUGUUUUCAGCGGCAAGUUUUAUUUUUGUUCCCAGACUAUUCUCCUAAAAAGGUAGGAUAACAUUAUUUAAAAAACAUUGUGAAAAUGUUUAGUGAUAACAUUGUUAGAACAUUAUCCCUCUAACAUUCUUAUAAAGUUUUUAGAGGGAAGUUUCCCAUCGGCACUGGAUGUGGACUCCAACGUCACCCAUAGACAUCAAAUUUUAAUUGAAAAUGAAAAUCAGGUUGAUGUCUAAACACAAAAUUGUUUUGAUGUCAAGUUCCAAUGUCAUUAAACAACUCCAAAAACAGCAUUACCAGCUUCACAUUACAAACCAGACUGAUUUUAUUUCUGUCAUAUGUGUAUAAAAGUUCUUACUGAGAUAAAAAGAGAUUUAGAUGCCGAUAUCAUUUGAAAGUAAUAGUUUGGUUUGAUGUCACCAUUAUGGAGAACGGUGUUUGCAUUAGUUGGUAGUUCGACUUAACUUUUUAAUGUUAGUUUUUCUUUGGUUGUUGUAAAUGUUUAUUAUGGCAAGUACAGCAAAAGAAAAGAUGCUCAGCUAAUGUUAACUAUUUGUUGAUCAUCACAUAGUGGUUUGAUAAUCUAACUUCUCCCAAUUUAAACUAUGGUAUUAACUUCACCUUAUUUGGUACAACAACUCUGUAGUAUUAGAUCUGUUUGAUGUGUUUUUUUUAAAUCAGAUAAUCUCAAUUAAAAAAAAAAAAACAUGCACACAAAAAUUGUAAAUUUCCUUGAAUGAAUUGAAUGAAUAAUGAAUUUUAUCAUCAACAAGUAGUCAACAUCAUCUGGGGCCCGUUUCAGAAAGGAGGUUAAGUGAAAACUCUGUAUGUUAACCCUGAAAUUAGGGAAACUCAGAGUUUUCUGUUUCAGAAAGGGAGGUAUGUCAAACCCAAGAAAGCAGGGUAAGUCAAGCCCAUUUCUAAAAGGGAGCCUAACCUGAACCUAACCUGUGAACCUAACCUGGUCAGGAGCAGGUUUUCUUCGGUAAACUCAGAGUUUCCCAUUUCAGAGUAAGUCAAUUCAGAGUUCAAGUUUUAACUCAGAGUUGGUUGAACCUCCUUAUUGAAACGGGCCCCUGAU